UUUACAGCGCUGUGGUGAAGGAAUCUGUUGCAGCUUGGAGCGUGGACAGUGAACUGAACUGCGAGUACUAGCACAGCUACAGUCUUAUCACUGUGUGUGUUUGUAUAUGCGCGCGUGAGAUGAACGUACUGGCUGCAACGUAUCGAAUGUGUAUAUACACAUCGGCCUCGAGUGUUUGUAGUAAACUGUGGGGACUAUAAGCUAACUUCAGACGCAAGGAAGUCGGCUUGUUUGGACAAGGCUUAACCACCAACAAGAAGAAGGGACUGGAAGCUACAACGUAAAUGUUUAUCGAGUCUGUGGCAACGUUUAGUUACUUGUGUGAUACACAAUAUGAUGAAGAGUGAGGAAUCACUAGUUGAGUCUCAGUUGCACCAUCAGCACCAGUCGGUGGUGCAGCAGACCAUUAACAUCCAGCAACACCUGCAUCACCUGCACCUUCACCAACACCAACACAGUGUGAUUCUCAGCAACAGUGCUGACCAUGGGGGCUCUGUGCUGGGUCUGGACACUGCGACCAGCAUGCCCCAGCAGCAGGAUCAGGUGGCAGUGGCGGUGACGGUGGGGCCAGAGCAGGACAAGGCAAACGAGACCUCGUCUGUGCCGGCGGUCACCAAGAAGGGCAACCCCGGCGUGCGGCGGCAGGAGAAGCCACCCUACUCCUACAUCGCACUCAUUGUCAUGGCCAUCCAGAGCUCUCCAGCCAAGAGGCUCACCCUCAGCGAGAUAUAUACCUUCUUGCAACAACGCUUUCCCUUCUUCCGAGGCUCCUACCAGGGCUGGAAGAACUCGGUCCGCCACAACCUCUCUCUCAAUGAGUGCUUCAUCAAGCUGCCGAAAGGACUUGGGCGUCCUGGGAAAGGACAUUACUGGACCAUUGAUCCCGCCUCCGAAUUUAUGUUCGAGGAAGGUUCGUUCAGGAGAAGGCCACGAGGGUUUCGCCGCAAGUGCCAGGCGCUGAAGCCCCAGUACCACCCCCACCACCCUGCAGCCGCGUACUUCGGUAACCCCGGAGCAACCGGGUCCAUGCUGGGUCCCGUGUCGUCGCAACCGGGCCACUACGAUCCACUCCAUCAGCAGGGACUAGGCGGUCCUCAGGCGCAGGAGUACCAGUCCACUUGUUCGUACAAUGCGGCCCAACAGAGCAUGGGACAUCACUACGGGUACGACUACAGCACGGCACCGUCCCCCAGCAUCUACCAACAAUGCUCCUCUAGCAGGGAGAGCAGCGGCUGGGGCAGCCCGCAUGUCACCUUUCCCACGGGAGACAACGCGUACAUGAAACCGCCCCUGAGCCCGCUACCUGAGCAGCACGGCUCCAUGACCCCGCCCAGUGGCCCGCAGACUGCAGCAGACUCGUACACGUAUCAGUACAGCCUGCAGCCCAACCCGGAGCACGGUAUUCGGGCAGCCCCCAUGCAACCGGUGCAAUGUGAUCGCAAGCCCUACAUGACCCCACCACCACCGUCCAUACCAACCAGCCUGCCCUCGCCGCCAGCAGCAAACACCGCACACACGUUCUACGAGAACAUCAAGUACACAAUUUAAUUUCGUGCACGAAGUGAAAAGUGACACACAAAAAGAAACUUGGGAUGUUGCAGCGUUUAGACUAGUCAUCUCAUAUGUUGUGUUUGAGUGAGAAAUAUUCUGCAUUAUGCUAGUUUAUUAUUAAUUUCAUUAAUUUAAUAUCACUUAGUACCAAAUUUUCGUCGACUAAGAAAGACACGAACUCUGCGAAUUAGACAAAUUUAUGAUUCUGAAGAGUGAGUGAAUAUAUGUAACUGAACAUAAGAUUGUGAGAUUUAAUUAUUAGGAAUAUAUUGUGUUUAUUUAGUUAUCGAUCUGAAAAAACUUUUCAAAAUGAAAGUGUAUGUUGAAUUCUAAUGUAAAGAAACUAAAAGUACACUAGAAGUGUAUUCUUUCAAUUAUUUUGAGAAACCUGGGUGCAUAUGGGCCUAGAAGUGAGUUUGCUUAUGGCAACUCAGUGUACAGAUAAGACCGUAAGUAAUUACACAUCUGUAUGGAAGUUAAACUCAUAUUCAUUUUAAAUAAAAUCACGAAGAAAACAUUAAUUUAUCUAUUUUGUUUUUCUAAA